AUGGAAGCACUAGUGGCACUACGACGCACAGCUUGUCUGGGGCUCGCCUAUGCUUCGUUGUGGCUGCCUACAAGCAUUGAGGUGGAGGCAGAGGCAGCAGUGGGCGGUGCCGCUCGAACCUUGAUCGACGGCACCGAUUCAAGUAUUCACCACCUCGAUCUUCUCGUACAGCAACCCUACGAUGCGUCCCCAACAACGGCGCAGCCGCCCUGGUUCGACGGGUUCGGCGGGCGGGACGGGGUAGCAGCGGUCACGAUCGGCCACCCUAUACAGCGGAUUCUGCUUCACUUGAGAGCGGAAGGGGUCGGGCUGGAGGAAGGCAUGUCUUGGCCCGAGCGAGGAGGCAAGCGCGCCGACGCUAGCUCCUCCUACCGGCAGGGCUACCAGCAGCUGGACAACUACCUCGUGCGCGUCCUGGCGGGAAAGUCGGCGUGGGACCUUCCCCCCGGCCGCGUGGGGAAGACCGAGCUGCAGGUGGGCAUUCCGGCCGCUCGGAUCGCGCUCGGAAAGUUCGAGGUGCUGUUGAGGGCGGACUGCCUAGCCGUGGACCUGCCCCUCCUGCAGCCCUAUCUGGCGAAGGCUGUUCCUGCAGCCCAAGUCGCGGAUGCCGCUAGAGAGACGGAGGAUCUGCUAGAAUCCGGAGAAGCAUACUACUUGGUCUUUGGGAAAGAGGGGGGCAAGCUGUUGCGCGACAACCGUUGGGACCUUCAGCUCUGGGAUUUCGCGCAUAAGCUGGUGGAGUCUAGGAGCACGACAGCCGAGGGCUACCUGUGCGGGUCUUCCACCUCCGCUAGGCGUCAAAGGAUGCCCGGCGACGGUAGGCGCGCCGUGGUGUACAACUCCCCGUCCUUCCACGUCACCGGGGUGGCCAUGUUCUCGUGCGUGCUCAUGUCGCUUGGCUUCGACGUCACAGCGGUCGUCAAGGAGCCCGGCGCGGGUUUCGAGCACCUGCUCCCAUGCCCGGACAGGGUGGUGGCGCUGAGCGAGCACUACCUGAGGGACUUGCCCGGGGAGAUUCUGGACGAGGAAGCGGCGGCGGCGCUGUCCCUGCCCGAGAGCCUGACCGCUGAGCAGGAGGAGGAGCGGCUUCGGCAGCAGGCGUUGCACCUGGAGCGCCUCCGGAAGGAGGAAGAGGAGCUGCGUAAGCAGCAGGAGCUGGGACAGCAGCAGCAGCAGCAGCAGCAGCAGCAGCAGCAGCAGCAGCAGGGAGAGUCGGGGCGUGACGCGGCAGACGGAGGAGCGACGAGAAGAAGGAGGGCAACAGCGGGCUUCUCGUUAGAAGGAGGCUCGCGGGGGGCUGCCUUGGGCGGUGAUGGCGAUGAUGGUUUCGGCGCGUUAGACGUCGGAGUUCAGGAGGGGUCGGAUCGGGAGGGGUCCCGUGCUGCGGCUGCCGCAGGGGGCGGAGGUAACUCACGAGGGCUCGGCCAUGAGGAGUUGCGGCUGCGGCGGUUGCGGCGGAAGGAGGAUGACGAAAGGAGCGCGGGGGAAGACGUCCUGGGGACGGGGAGAAGGAGAGAGCGGACCGGUAGCGAAGACGGCGGCGGCCCGCGCGUAUUGGACGGCAGGGGUUGUGCGGGGCAGCGGGACGGGGGCGACGCAGACAAGAGGCACGGCAGCAGGGGGUUGGGCGGUGCCGAGCUCAGCGGCAGGGUGUCGGCGGCGGCGGGGGGCGACGGGAGGCAGGUCGAGGGUGGAGAAGGAAGGGGGGGAGGUCGGGGUCGGGGAGGGCCGUUCGAUCUGUCGGUGCUGUGCACCGCGGUGAACGACGUGAACCACCUCCUCAAGGCAACGUACCCGGUGGACCCAAGGCUCGCGGACGCCUUGCUGUGGGACGUCGACGUCUCCAUCUGGAACGUGCACAGCGUGGAGGGGGCCUUCCGCUCCGACCACAGGAUGCCCCCCGCCGUGGACGACUUCGCGAGGGGGGUUCCGUCGUCUGCGGAGAGGGGAGGCGGCGGCAGGCCCCCCCCCCUCACCUUCCUCACUCUCUACGGGGAGCACGUGGAACAGUUGAGCCGUGUGUGUUCGGCUCGUGUGUGUGUGUGUGUGUGUUUUGUUGACAUCGGUCUCGCGGCUAUAUAACCGACUGACCAAUACAAAAGACGUCCGUCUCUUACGACAGAGCGGGAUAAUAACAAGCCUUCUAGUAGUUGUUCGUGUGUGUGUGUGGUUUCGUCCCAUUAAUGGCGCUUGUAGAUCGCCUACACCUUACGGCAGUAGAUAGCCUACACCUUACGGUAGUAGACAACUUGCACCUUGCCGUAGUACACGGUACCCCGGCCGGCAUACUGUACGUGCGCCUUUGGUUUGCUGUUUCUUUUCAGCCUCGUGCUUCUUGUCGGCACCUGUACCGUUUCGUGUUGGCUUGUUGUCCCGGUAGCUGUGGCACCUCCCUCUUCUUUUCGUUUUUCUGGGAUCGUGAGGUAUGAUAGGAGCUCCUCUGGAGGGUAGCCAAUAGAUGGGUCUCGGUCGUUUUGGGGAUAAAAUGAUGUGGGGAUAGAAUUUGUUAUCAACAGCAGUAGGGAGAGUUAUGACGACAACAACUACAACAGCAAGUGCAUCAUCAUCAUCAACAACGACAAUAACAACAACA